AUGGGUGAUCUGCAGAUCGUGCUGGCAGGGGGGACGAUCGAGGCGCAGCACGUGGAGAUGAAGGUGCCGCUCUACUCCUACGGCUGCGAGAAGAAGAUCAAGAAGGCGCUGUCGAAUCUGAAAGGGAUUCACUCGGUUCAGGUGGAUUACCACCAGCAGAAGGUGACGGUGUGGGGGAUCUGCAACCGGAACGACGUGCUGGCGGCCGUCCGGCGGAAGCGGCGAGCGGCGCGGUUCUGGGGCGCGGACCAGCCGGAUCUGGGCGAGGACGCUAGGCAGGGGGACGCCUCCAAGCACUACCUUCGAGCGUUCGCCGCGUACAGGAGUAGGAAGUCGUGGAAGAAGCUCUUCCCCAUGAUCCGGCUGUAA